AGUGCUCUCCCCCAUCCCCAUGCAGAAAGAGUGGUGGUGGUGAGGUGAGUCAGGCGAGCGCGUGCCAGCGUGAUCCAGCGUGAGCGAGCCGAUGGUUGACGUGGAGUGGAGUCAGUCACCCGUCGCUCCGGGAUCACUCUGCCGUCAUGGCUGUCGUGCUUCCUUGCCCACUCUCCCCCACCUCGUCCUAGGAGACUGAAUCGCGAUCGAUCGGGAGGUUUCCGCCUUACCUCCAAGCCUGGUGAUCGAUCGGGAGGUUGCCUUCCCCCAGGCCUCGCCCACGGAGAUUCAUCUGUUCGAUCACGCAUCUCUCUCCUAGCAGCCACUCCUGCUCCGUACUAAUUGAUUCGCCCAAUUGAUUCGCGUGAUUCACGCAACCUUCGGUCGAUUGGUCACGUUUGCUCACUUCCGGGGGUGCGUGGCGGCGUUGCCCAGGCGGAGGAGCCUGGAGCGUUUCCCGUUGGCCGCUUUGUAGUGGCUGCUUUUCCGUAACCCCAUAGCGGCUUCGUGGCGGCAAUUCCGUAGGCUCAUAGCGACCACUCCCGCAGCCUCAUACGCGCAGCCUCCCGCAGCGUCGAACGCGCAAUCCGAUGGUGGUGCCGCGAGUGUCCCCCGAGAGCAGGCCCAGGACGGACGGCUUCGCGCAAGGCUCGGACUGCCCCAUCUGCUGGGAAGCCUACGAUAACAGCGUGAGAGCACCUCACGUGCUGCUGUGCGGCCACACCUUCUGCAAGCACUGCGUGCUCAUCCUCCCUAUAGCCGUCUUCAAUAAGCUCCCCUCGCUGCACAUCCAGCUGCCAUGGCUCGUCGACUGCCCGCUGUGCCACUGGAUGACCCCAAGGCUCGUCGUUGAGGGCAACCUGCAAUACCCUUUUAAGAAUUUCUCCCUGCUAUGGCUUCUGGAGGCUUCCAGGCUCGCUCUUCCUCGAGGCAUCCAGUCACCCGCAAGGCACUCCCCCACCCGCUCCCCUCUCACCCACGGGCCAAACUCCCUAGAGCAGUCGGAUCUCUUCUUGGCCCAUGAACCGCGCAGCAGCAGCAUCACCGAUGCUCAGGUCGGCAGCAGCAGCAGCAGCAGCAGCAGGAGAAGAAGCAGUGGAGAUUACAGCAGCAGUUUCAACAGCAGCAGCAGCAGCAGUGCUUUCUUGGAAGCUCAAAACCUGGGAGCCCAAGCCUUGGGUGCUCAGGUGCUGGGAGGGCGGGCAUUAGGGCAGGCGUUAGGGUCCCAAACCUCUGGCGGUCAGACCCUCUGGUGGGUGCUGCCUCGCGUGCUGCUUGAGCAGUGGCGCCCAGGAGGCUCCCCAGCAGCAGCAGCUGGCGCCGCCGCUGCUGCUGCUGCUGCCGUGGCCGUGCAAGCCCUGCAGCAGCAGCACCAGCACCAGCAGCAGCAGCCGGAUUGGGUAGAAGCAACACAUGUCCCACAUCAUUACCUUCACCGCUUGCAGCAGCAGCAGCGGUGGCAGGGGCAGGGGGGGCCGGGGGCAGGUUUCCAUCACCUGCUGUAUUCCAGUCGGCAGCAGCUGGCCGUGUGGCUGCUGGAGCGGGCGAUCCAAUGGUUCCCAUUCAUCCGCUCAUUCAUCAACGGUGUGAAAUACUACCUGGGCCGGCUACAGCAGCUGUGCACACGGCUGCCGUUCCUGGGCGUGCUGGCGGUGGUGAGCUUUGUGAUCGUGCCCUGGUGCUCGCUGGCUCUGCUCUGCUACCUGGCUGUCUUUCUCUUUGUGGCAGUGCCGGCGGCGGUGUGCCUGGUGCUGUCGAUUUACUGGUCGGAGGCGCUGCUGCGAAGGCUGACAGGGAUGCCGUGACAAGACCGUGGAAGGAAUACUGGAGAUCGUUGUGAAUGCAUACAGUAGCCAUGAAUGCCACACUUCAGCAUGCAAGAUGCAGUAGCAACUAAGUCAUUGCGCACCGAUUUGUAAAUAAGAUGGAGAUACGUAUUGUUUAGAGCAUGUUCAAGUACGUCCCUCUUGGAUGAUCCCUGUUUCUGUUGCUCAGAAGGCCCUUUAACGGGCAUGACACCUCUAUUGCUGUAUAGACUGACUUUCUUUGAA